GUAUUUGUUUCGUUUAGGAAGCUAAUGCCAUUCAUGGUGAAUUAUGUCCAUACAGAAGUCAAACGAUAGAUUAAAUAGUUUCUUAACAUUGGUGAAUUCAAUGAUUAAAGAAACAGGAUUAUCGAUGACUCUAAACACUAACUGCAGUGAUGACCUAGCAACGAAUAGUUUAUCACAAUAUCAAGUAAACAUGUUUCAAUUUAAUCCAUUAAUAAAAGAUUUGCAAAAUAAUUCUUCUGACGAAUCCAUAAAUAAUGAAUCACCAGCAGAUGACGUUUGGUACACGCCAAGACAAGAUUUUGAUUCUGAUCACAGACAUCCACAAUUAAUUAGUCAUAAUAGUUACUUAAAUGCGAAUAGAAUUAUAAAAUUAGGAAUUGAAGAGAAUCAAAACUUAAAUAAAAGGACUUUGAAUAAAUCAUACAAUACAAUUACUUAUAAUACUGCGAAUAAAAUUCAUAAGCAAAGAUCAAUGUAUAUAUCGAAAGUAUUGAGAAAAUAUUAUAAGAAAAUUAAUAAAACAUGUAAAUUAGAUCACAUGCAUAAUGUUGCAAACAAAAUAAAAACUUCAAAGAAAAAAUUUAAUAAAGCUCAAUCAACAUUAUUAACCAAACAAAAAUUAUUUAAUGAAAAAAUUUUACCAAUUACUGAAGAAAAAUCAGAACACAUACUCAAUAUUGAAAAACCUCGGCUAAAUCAAGCAAUAAAAUCAAGAUUACCACGUUAUAUUGAAUUGUUAAAUGAACGCAAGAAACGAGAGGAAUUUGAAAAAAUAGUAAAUGAAUCAAAGAAAAAAAUUGAUGAAAACACAAUGCAAUUGUCAAUAAUAGAAAGAUUUCGAAAUUCAGCGAUUGAAUCGUCAAAAAUGUAUAGAAAAGAAUUAGAAAAACUUAAAAAAGAACAUGAAUCAACAGUAAUACAAUUAGAAAUAAUUAAACAUGAAAAUAGUGUAUUAUCAAAACGAUUGGAAUCAGAAUUGCAACAACAUGAAGAGGGCCUAUCAAACGAUCACACCAACCGACAAAAUAUUAUCACUCGUGCAGAUCAACAAAUAUUAUCCCAAAAUAUUAAUAUUCCAUUCAAUCUCAACCAGAUUAAAUUAAAUUUAUUUGACCUACGUAAGCAAUUAAAUGCUGAAAAAAAAUUAAAUACGGUUAUGAAAGUAGAACGUAAAAAAAUAGUGGCAGAAUUUAAUAAAGUUCAAAAUGAACUUAAAACGCUUCGUGAAAAAUAUGAAAAAUUGAAUAUAGAUUUACAGCUAAUAAAAAGUAGAAAAGAUGAUAGUCCAGACGAGAGAAGAGAAAUUCGUCAAAAUAUUGCAGAAUUAGAACAAAAAAGUAUUGAAAUAGAAAUUGCAAAAGUCUCGAAAAUAAUGAGUGAUGAAAUCAAAAUUUCUACCGAAGAAAAAACACAAAUGCUAAAUAUAAUACGUAAUUUGAAACAAGUGAUUCAAGUACAUAAAGAUAAAAUUGUAGAACUUUUGGAAUUGAAUAAACAGCAAAACGAAGUCAUUAAUGAACAGAAAUCAAAACUUAACGAUAGGGAUGAGAAAAUCAAAUGUAAAAUACAAAUGGUUGAGUUACAACGUAAAGAAAAAAUAAUUAAUGAACAGAAAUGCCAAUUAGAUGAAAUCAAUGAAAACGUUAAGACUUUAAAUUUUUCCUUAGUAGAAAAAGAUGCACUCUUGAAGCUCAACGAGGAAUUAAUACUAAAAUUACAAAUGAAUUUAGAAGAUAUGAGACUGAAAUGGCAAAAAGAACGAGAGGAUUCUCUGGUAAAAAAUAAAAUAAUUGACGAUCAAAUAAGUACAAUACAAAAAUUAAAAAGCGACUAUAAUGGAAUUCACACAAACGAAAUGCGAAAAUUAAAUUCAGAAUUAGAACUUUCUCAGCGAAUAUUACUAGAAGAAAAAAAGAGAUAUGAUACAGUUGCAGCAAAAUUGUUGGAAAUAACGAGAGACAAUGAAAAAUUAGCAUAUCAACUUCAAAAAGUGAAAAAUCUGCUUGCAAAAUAUGAAAGCAACAAAUACAAUGUAAUCAAUGUCGAAAUUUUAACAGAAUUAGAAAAUAAAGUCAUACAAAAAUGUAAAGAAUGGCAGACACAAAAGAAUAUUUUAAUUAAUGAAAAAAAUGAAGCUAUAUUAGCAGCUAGGUAUGCAACUCAAAAGUUUAUCGAAACUGUAUUGGAUUUUCAAAAGCAAAUUGAAUCACAAAAAAUUGCUCAAAAGACAUUAACAAUUUUAGUGACAGAAAGAGAAAAGCAAUUUGAAAUAGCAACAGCAGGUAUAUGUUAUUGA